AUGAAGAAUUCACGAUUCACGCCGUUAGGUGGCUUUUUGUCGGUGUUCCCAGCUGUGGUGGGUGUUUCAUUUGACGGCAUUUUUCCCGAUAUUCUUUUGUCGCAUUCUUUCAAAUUACAAAGACUUAGCGACAUGAUUCGUUUUAUUUUGAUCCAAAAUCGUGCCGGCAAGACGAGGUUGGCAAAAUGGUACAUGAACUUUGAUGACGAUGAGAAACAAAAACUGAUUGAAGAAGUGCACGCCGUUGUUACAGUCAGAGAUGCAAAACACACAAAUUUUGUUGAGUUUCGCAACUUCAAAAUCAUCUAUCGGAGGUAUGCUGGCCUUUAUUUCUGCAUCUGUGUAGAUAUCAAUGACAACAACCUAUGCUACUUAGAAGCCAUUCACAAUUUUGUUGAAGUAUUGAAUGAAUAUUUCCACAAUGUCUGUGAAUUAGAUCUGGUGUUCAAUUUUUACAAGGUCUACAGUGUGGUUGAUGAAAUGUUUCUAGCUGGAGAAAUCCGAGAAACCAGUCAAACCAAAGUUUUGAAGCAGCUUUUGAUGCUCAGUUCUCUGGAGUGAAUCACAAACAUUCUCAUUUAAAAUAUUCCUUUAAACCCAUCUGAAUCGUUAGGUUGAUGUCUCGAUGAUCGUUCGUCUCUGUAUUUUUGUUUGUUUUGCUACCCUGUACAAGAUGUUAAACUCA